AUGAACGACGCAGAUGUCUCCAAGCAGAUCCAGCAGAUGGUGAGGUUCAUUCGCCAAGAAGCUGAGGAAAAGGCCAACGAGAUCUCCGUCUCUUCUGAAGAAGAAUUCAACAUUGAGAAGUUGCAGCUGGUCGAGGCUGAGAAGAAGAAGAUCAGGCAAGAGUACGAGAAGAAAGAGAAGCAAGUCGACGUCCGAAAGAAGAUUGAGUACUCUAUGCAGCUUAAUGCUUCUCGUAUUAAAGUUCUUCAAGCUCAAGAUGAUGUGGUUAACUCCAUGAAGGAGGCGGCUUCCAAGGAGCUUCUGAAUGUGAGCCAAGAUCACCAUGGUUAUAAAAAGCUUCUGAAAGAUCUUAUCGUUCAGAGUUUGCUCAGGCUGAAGGAGCCUGCUGUUUUGUUACGUUGUCGGAAAGAAGACCUACAUCUGGUGGAGGCUGUUUCGGAAUCAGCAGCACAGGAAUAUGCGGACAAAGCAAAUGUUCAUUCACCAGAGAUUAUAGUGGACACCACUGUCUUUCUUCCACCUGCUCCUACCCAUUUUAAUCCCCAUAUUUCGUCCUGUUCUGGAGGUGUAGUGUUGGCUUCUCGAGAUGGGAAGAUUGUAUGUGAGAACACCCUUGAUGCACGGUUGGAUGUUGUAUUCCGUAAAAAGCUUCCAGAGAUCCGCAGAAAGCUCUUUGGUCAGGUUGCUGUGUAA